UGGAGAAACGAGUUCUGCUCUGGGUCAAAGGUCAGUAGUUUAAAGGUUCUGAUUGGUUCUGAUCAAUACUGAUGGUUGUCUGAUUAGAAGGUCAAAGGUCAGUGUAAUGAGUGAUGAAGCUGAGGAAGCAGCAGGAGGAAGAGGUCCAGGACAGACGGGACCAGAGUCCAGCUGCUGCUGGGGACAGUCUGCAGCUUCCUGCUGUCCUCAUGAGGACAUUCUGUCCACCUGCUGCUGGUUGGACUCAGCAGAGACACCAGUGGAGACUGGAACCAGACUGGAACCAGUCCAGCAUGUUGGACUGGUUCCAGUCUGAGGAAAUGUCCUCAGAGCUGCUGCUGUCUGUCCAGCUCAUCUUGUCCUCUGUUGUCUCUCAGUCCCAGAACAGGUGGUGGUGGAACCAGGGAAGGAGUCUGUCCUGCUGCCCUGGAGAAUCACAGAGAGUCUGGAUGGAGACGUUAAGGUGGAGUGGAAGGACAAAGACGACAGGACGGUCCAUGUUUAUCAGAACGGUUCUGAUCAGCUUGGAGAACAGGACCAGAUCUACAGAACCAGAACCAGGAUGGAUGAAGAUCCACUGAGAACUGGAGACCUCAGUCUGACUCUGUUGUGGCCCAUAUUUAAAGACGAAGGGAUCUACACCUGCAGCGUUCUCAGAGACGGAGACAUGCUGAUGGAGAAACGAGUUCUGCUCUGGGUCAAAGUCCCAAAGGUGGAGGUGGAAUCAGGGGUGGAGUCUGUCCUGCUGCCCUGGAGAAUCACAGAGAGGCUGGAUGGAGGCGUUAAGGUGGAGUGGAAGGACGAAGACAACAAGAAGGUCCAUGUGUAUCAGAACGGUUCUGAUCAGCCUGGAGAACAGGACCAGAAAUACAGAACCAGAACCAAGAUGGAUGGAAACGCACUGAAGAAUAAAAACCUCAGUCUGACUCUGACAUGUCCCACAUUUAGAGACACAGGGACCUACACCUGCAGCGUUUAUAACAGAGACGGAGACAUGCUGAUGAGGAAACAAGUUAGUCUCCAGGUCAAAGGUCAGUGGUUUAAAUGUAUUUUUCCAAUAAGCUGA